AUGAGUGAUUCUAUAAGCUGGCAAGAAAUAAUGAAAUUUGCAGAAAGUUAUUCGGCAUUGUCUGGUCAGGACUUGAAAAAUAUGACAACUUUCGAGCGAGUUGAUGGAAGUCCGGCCUGUGACCGACUUUGGGCUGAUCUGAAUCAACUCUCUGAGGAUCAAGCUAGCAUUGAUUCAGAAUUGAAAAUCAUCAAGGCGAAUCAAGAGCGAGCAAGGGCGUUGUUAAAGGAAUUUGGCUUUGAAUAA